AUGCUUCCAAAGAUCUCUGAAGAGGAGAUCGUUGAGAAUCUUAAGAAGCGUUAUAUGAAUGACUUUAUCUACACCAACAUUGGACCAGUGUUGAUCUCUGUCAACCCAUUCAGAAAUCUCAACAACACUGGCGAUGACUACGUCGAUGCCUACAGAGGCAAGCACGCACAGGAGGUGCCACCCCACAUCUACCAAUUGGCCGAAUCAUCCUAUCGUGCCAUGAAGAACGAUCAGGAGAAUCAAUGUGUCAUCAUCUCUGGAGAGUCGGGUGCCGGCAAGACAGAGUGCGCCAAGCAGAUCAUGAACUACAUCUCCAAGGUGUCUGGUGGCACUGAGAAGGUCGAGUACGUCAAGCACGUCAUCCUCGGCUCGAACCCCGUGCUCGAGGCCUUUGGAAACGCCAAGACGCUGAGAAAUAACAACUCCUCGCGUUUCGGAAAGUACUUUGAGAUUCAGUUCGACAAGGCUGGUGAUCCAGUCGGAGGCAAGAUUUACAACUACCUCUUGGAAAAGUCACGUGUCGUCUACCAGAACCAUGGCGAGCGUAACUUCCACAUCUUCUACCAGCUGUUGGCUGGUGCCUCGGCACAGGAGAAGCGCGACCUCGUCCUCUCCAGUCCAGACAGCUUCUACUACCUCAAUCAGUCCGAGUGCUACCAGGUGGACGGCGUCGACGACAAUGCCGACUACCGCGAGAUGCGUGAGGCCAUGACCACCAUUGGUCUGUCCGACGAAGAGCAAUCCACUCUCAUGCGUAUCGUUGCCUCAGUUCUGCACAUUGGUAACAUAUACUUUAUCGAGGACGACAAGGGAAAUGCAGCAGUCUACGAUCCAAACGCAUUGGACCUCGCUGCGUCCAUGCUGUGCAUCGACCCAGCCACCCUUCAAAAUGCCAUCCUUUUCCGUGUGAUCAACACUGGAGGUGCCGGUGGUGGUACAGGCAACCGUCGUUCCACAUACAACGUGCCACAGAAUGUGGAGCAGGCCAACGGAGCAAGAGACGCUCUGGCCAGAACCGUGUACGAUCGUAUGUUCACCUGGCUGGUGGAGAGAGUCAACGUGGCCCUGUCCUACUACCAGUCGCCCUUCAAGAACGUCAUUGGUAUCCUGGAUAUCUUUGGUUUCGAGAUCUUUGAGAAGAACGGAUUCGAGCAGUUCUGCAUCAACUUUGUCAACGAGAAGCUGCAGCAGUUCUUUAUUGAGCUGACGCUCAAGGCCGAGCAGGAGGAGUACGUUCGCGAAGGAAUCAAAUGGGAGCCAAUCAAGUACUUCAACAACCAGAUCGUGUGUGAUCUGAUCGAGGGCAAGGCACCACCAGGUAUCUUCUCAUUGUUGGAUGACAUUUGCUACACGAUCCACGCACAGUCCAGCGGUACUGACCUCAAGUUCUUGGAGAAGAUGGCCGGUCUCUAUGAUGGACAUUUGCAUUGGAGAUCAAUGACCGGUGCCUUUGCCGUCAAACAUUAUGCCGGUGAGGUAACAUACGAGGCAGAGGGUUUCUCUGACAAGAACAAGGACACCCUGUUCUCUGACCUGAUUGAGGCACUCCAAUCCUCAAAGAUGGCCUACCUGGCCGGUCUGUUUGCCGGUGAUGAGACUGGUGCCCUUCAAAAGAAGCGUCCCACCACAGCUGGUUUCAAGAUCAAGAACUCUGCCGCCGAGCUCAUGAAGACCCUGGCACAAUGCACACCUCACUACGUGCGUUGUAUCAAGCCAAACGAGACAAAGAAGGCCAAGGACUGGGAGAACAGUCGUGUCAAGCAUCAAGUUCAGUACCUCGGUCUGCUUGAGAACGUCCGUGUGCGCCGUGCUGGUUUCGCCUAUCGUGCACCAUUCGAGAGAUUCCUUCGCCGCUACAAGAAGCUGAGCUCCAAGACUUGGGGUCUAUGGGGCGAGUGGAAGGGUGAUCCCAAGGAGGGUGCACGCACCAUCUGCCAGGAUCUCAACCUGGACCCAUCGCAGUGGCAGAUGGGAACCACCAAGAUCUUCAUCCGUCAUCCAGAGACUGUGUUCCAUCUGGAGGAGGCACUGGAUCGCAAGGACAUGGACUGUGUCAUGAAGAUCCAAAAGGCAUUCAGAAACUGGAAGGCCAAGAAGCACUCGCUGGAGCAGCGUGCUCAGAUCGCCCAUCUCUUCUUGAACAAGAAGGAGCGUCAGAGAAACUCAAUCGACCGCAAGUUCACCAUGGACUACCUCGACUUUGACAAUCAGUUUGGCGUGCAAGAGGCAAUGGAGAAUGCCCACAAGAAGGAGAGAAUCGUCUUUGCCGACAAUGUGCUCAAGGUCGAUCGUCGUGCCAAGACCAAGCCAUUGAUCAUGGUCGUCUCUGAGCAGUCCGUAUACUUUGUCGAGAAGUCCAUCAAGAAGAAAGUUGAGACCUACCUGCUGUUGAGAAAGAUUUCAAUCCGCGACAUCCGUUCGCUCUCUGUCUCGACACUAUCCGACAACUACGUCGUCAUGGGUCUGCCCGAGUACGACCAGGUCAUUGAGAACGAGAGAAAGACCGAGCUGCUCAUCAUUCUCAUUGAGAACUACAAGCUGCUCUCUGGCUCUGCACUCAACGUCAAUUUCUCUGACAACAUCAACUACACUCUGAAGAAGGGUGAGCAGAGAACUAUGACAUUUGCCAGGAACGAGGCCGCCCAACCAAUCCCAUUGCUAAAGAAGGGUGGCAAAGGUCCAGCCGUUGGUGUUGCCACCGGUUUGCCCAGCUCCACAGACUCUACACCAAAGAACUACAACCAAAACUCAAUGCAGAACGCCCAGGUCCGUGCUCCACAGGCCCGUCCACAACAACAAAUCAACACUGGUCCAGCUCCAAAGGUCGUUGUUCCUCAAGGUCUCGGUGCCAACAUGAUGGGCGGUGGAAGAGGUGCUCCAAUGGGUGGCGGCCGUGGUGCCCCAAUGGGUGGCGGCCGUGGUGCUCCAAUGGGUGGCGGCGGUGCCCCAAUGGGAGGUGCUCCUAUGGGUGGUGGCCGUGGCGCUCCACAAGGUGGCGGUGGUGCCCCAAUGGGAGGUGCUCCUAUGGGAGGCGGCCGUGGCGCCCCUAUGGGCGGCGGUGGUGCUCCAAUGGGAGGUGGCCGUGGCGCUCCAAUGGGUGGCGGAAGAGGUGCUCCAAUGAAUGGCGGCGCACCACCUCAACAGGUACGUCCCCCAGUUCAAAAGCAAGCUGCUCCACAGAGACCAACAGUGACUGCCUUGUACGACUUUGAUGCCUCGUCAGGAGAUGAGCUGACCUUCAAGGAGGGUGAUGUCAUUGUUGUCAUCCAGAAGGAGACCGGAGGUUGGAUUGAAGGAGAGCUCAGAGGUAAGAAAGGUUGGAUCCCCGCCAACUACGUUCAAUAA